CUCAGUUCAACUGUUAUGUUUGCUCCGGUUAGUUCAGUCGAGUUCAGCGAAUUCAUUAUCAUUUGAGUGCGUGGUGUUGGACGAGUGCGGGUGUUUCCUUAAUUGAAAUAUUCGUUUUUACGAAAUAAGAAAUGACUUUUUAAAGUUUUCUUUUGACUAUGGCUUCGUUAUCGUUGCCCCGCGUUUUACAACCGAGAAAAACGAGUUUGGAAGUAGAACGAGAAAACUUCGAAAAAUCUCAAAUUGCAUGAGCUGAAUUUGUUAAAUUGUUAAUCCAACUACUAACCACGAAAUGUCCAGUGUACUUCAAACGGAUAUAGGAACUUAUAGAUACAUUACAGCAAUUAACAAAGCAAUCAACAACUUGGAGAUACCGGUGAAACAGAAACAUGUCCGUUUGGCGAUCAUCGGAACCUUCCACGAGCAAGGAGCGCAAACCUUUUGGAUGGCGGCGCUCCGAUUGCCUUUCAUGGAUGAUCGUAUAGUCGCCUGGAAGUUGUGCCAUGUGGUUCAUAAAGUGUUACGCGAAGGCCAUCCUUUGUGCCUCGUGCAUAGUCAACGACAUAGGAAAGAGCUUGACGAGACGGGCAAAUUAUGGUGCCAUUUAAAAGAAGGUUACGGAAAAAUGAUUCGUUUAUACACAACUCUCCUUAUGACAAAAUUGGAUUUUCACAAGCGGAACCCCAGAUUUCCAGGUCACUUAGGCGUUACUAACGAAGAACUGGAAUCCAUCGGCGCGAACGACAUAAACAAUUAUUUUCAGUUGUCCGUAGAGAUGUUUGACUACUUGGAUAACAUUCUGGAGUUGCAAACUGCAAUUUUUGGUUCACUCGAUAUGUCGCGAUCGAAUUCGAUGACUAGCGCCGGACAAUGCAGAUUGGCACCAUUGAUAAUGUGUAUUCAAGACGCGUCGCGUCUCUACGAUUAUUGUGUCAAGAUCCUAUUUCGUUUGCAUUCUUCCUUACCUUCCGACAUACUAAUCGGCCACAGAGAUCGUUUUUUUAAACAGUUUAAGGAGCUCAAACAGUUCUACCAAAACACCAAUGCCUUGCAGUACUUUAGAAACCUAAUCACAGUACCACCUUUACCAGAGAGACCGCCCAACUUCCUUAUGCAGGCGGAGUUGAGGACCUACGUGACGCAAGAGGUGGUUGUACCUUUAGAAGAAGACGAUCCGUCCGAGGGUAAUCUAGUCGAUACUACGGAUAACGCGACGGAUCAUUCGGAUAUACCUAGCCAAAGAUCAUUGUCGCCCGCGCAGUUUCAGCAGCCACAACAGGUGCACAUCGACGCGAUCGCGGAGAGAGAUAAUUUAAUUAAACAUUUACAAUAUGAACUGGAACGCCUUAGAAAUGACAAUAAUAGGUUAGCCAGAGACAACGUGGACGCGGUGAAUAAGUUGCAGGAGCAGGUGAUAUCGUUGGAGACGACAUUGGCCACAAAGGAUAGCGAGUUGGUGCAAGAGAGACAGAUAAAAGAGGAUUUAUUUCAUCAGGCGUCUGCGGUUGCGCAGUCCCAGGAUUCAGAACAAAAAAUCAAAGAUGAAAAAUUCACCAAACUCUUGGGCGUGUACAAAAGUUUGCGGAACGAGCACAUAGAUUUGUUACGGCAGAAGCCAGAGAUUGAGAAAAAAGUCAAAGAUCUUACUGCAAAAUCGGAUGAUGCGCAACAGCAAAUCGCAGAUCUUGAAAGUAAAAUUCGACAAAUGGAGUUGGAUAAUUCAGUCAGAGUGGAGGAGUUGCAGAAAGCUUCCAGUGAUCAUACGGAUGAGUUGGAGGGUUUAAGAAGAGAUAAGGAUUUGUUUAAUAUGGAGACUGAGAUUUUAAAGAAGAGUCUUGAAGAUGCCACUAAAGCCGGUGCUGAGUACAGUAUCAAGUUAGAAGCUGUGAUGCUUGAAAAAGAAAACUUAGUGAAGGAUGCGGACGAACUUACAAACAAAAUAGUUAGUUUACAAGGAGAAAUAGAACAAGCACGGACGGAAAAUGCCGCUUCCAUAGAGCAAAUCAUCACGCAAUCGCUACAAGAAUGCGAAAUUGUUCUGCAGCAUUCUGUGCACGAGUUAGACAACCCAGCGCUCUCCGCAGUGACCUGUAGUCCUGACUAUUUCCGAAGCUUGACACAAGACUGCAUAGGAGCACUAAACGGCAGCAUCGAAGCCAAUCACAGCAAUCCAGCUGUGGUUAUUAAAGUGGCCAUCAAAAUAGCCCACCAAUUGUCCACGUACACCUUACAGGGUCGUGCAACGUCCAACACCAGCCCUGACAUAACCUUUGGUGAAAGAAUGACUGACGCCUGUAAAGAAUUAGGAGAUAGCGUUUUGACAGUAUUAGGUAAAUUACGUAUGAAUCUACCCGUAGAUGAUUCGGUGCGAGAGGCAGUUGAAAAGGUGAAAGCGGUAGCUUCUCUCGCCGAAACAAUUAGCGGCUCACUACGCGGCGAGAACGCUGAUAAAUUGGCGGACAUGAUCGACGACGAACUGUCAGAUAUGGAUAAGGCAAUAGAAGAGGCAGCGAGACGAAUACAGGAAAUGUUGAGCGCUUCCAGAGCUGCGGAUUCCGGUAUAAAAUUGGAAGUUAACGAAAAGAUAUUAGAUUCGUGUACGACACUCAUGCAAGCGAUUAAAAUAUUAGUUCAAAAGGCGCGGUUACUGCAAGCCGAAAUUGUUUCACAGGGAAAAGGCACCGCAAGCGCCAAGGAAUUUUAUAAACGCAAUCAUCGUUGGACUGACGGUUUCAUUUCAGCAGCUAAGGCGGUAGCUGCCGCUGCUAAAUACUUUUUGAGUGCCGCUGAUAAAGUAGUGAACGGACAAGGGAAAUUAGAGCAGCUUGUAGUCGCAUCACAGGAAAUAGCAGCUUCAACCGCACAAUUAGUGGUAGCUAGUAGAGUUAAAGCAGAACGCAAAAGCAACAACUUGCAGCAGCUCAGUCAAGCAUCUAAGGGGGUUACGACUGCUACCGGCGGCGUGGUUGCCACAGUGAAAGAUUGCAGUCAAUUAAUGGACGAAGCAGAAGAGUUAGACACUUCCAAUAUGACCCUUCAUCAAGCGAAACGUCUAGAAAUGGAUAGCCAAGUUCGUGUUUUGGAAUUGGAGAAGGAAUUGGAACAGGAGAGGUUACGUUUAUCCGCCCUACGCCGCCAUCACUAUCAACUUGCAGGAGAAAACGAAUGAUCAGUAUACUAUUUUUAUGUUUAAACUAUUUAUAGGUGGUUUUGUAAGAUAUUCUUCACUUUACAAAUUAGACAGACCAUAAAUAAUCUAGAAAGGUGUAAUCCAAAGAUAGGACGUUAUAAUUGUAUUGAUUAAUUUUUAAAGUUAUGGUCUUACAUUAAUUUUACCAUAUAUUUUAUAUGCUAACUUUACAACAAAUACCUACUUAUUAAUUUAUUAAUAAAUAUUGAACUAAAAAAGUA